AUGCGCAACGGCUUCGAUCGUUCACCAUCCGUGAUCCGCAGAUGGGGUUCACUUCUAGCGGCGUACCAUACAACAAGUCCGCUGGCAACAUUGGUCAAGCUUGGUGUUCUAUACGUCAAAAAGAACCAGUCGAUUUUCUGGAGCAUUGAAGCUACUCUCUGCGGUCUUGAUUGCUCAAUGUUCCUUGAAAAUGCUUCGUUGUAUGAAGGAAACAAUGCAGGCUACGAGUCUAACAGGCCACGAAAAAUGUGGUCUAGACUGGAUCAAUGA